AUGUGGCGCUCCGACCCCAACGCAACACCGAGUGAUAGCAGAGUGCCCUCCACGCCGCAACAGGCCCAAGCGCAGAACACUCACGGCUUCACACCCAACAAGCCUUCUCCGCUCGCCCACCUCGCGUUCUCAUCAGACGAUCCAGACUUCGACCUUUCGCCAAUGACGAAUGCUAACCUCAGCGCUGAUCUAUCGAUCGAUUCUUCCUUCCUCAAUUGGCCGGACGACAAUCCUGCUAAUUGGCCUCAGUCUGAUGAUCUAGACGACAUGUUCGGCCCGCUCUCUGCAUCCCCUCCGAAGGGACCUAGAUUUGGGGAGUUGGGAGACAGUAACAUGCCAAUGGACUCCUCGAACAGCAUUUACCCGCUUAUCCCGGACAAUCCGGCUGACUUGCUGACUGACCGGUCAUUGAACGCAUCAGCAUCUCCUUCCUUGCAGUCACAAGGUGUUGACGGACAGACGCAGCAUGGCGACAAUCUACACCACGUCUCAUCUCGACAAUUGGCCAAGCGGAUGUCGCUCCCAGCUGGAUUCUUCGCGAGAAGAGCUAUUUCGGACUCAGUAGCGCAAGGGAGCACGGCGACGAGAUCCAAAGCUCGAGCGUCCUCUAUGACCACAGAACGACCGAGUCUCACCCGAACCGCUGCUGCUCCAGGUGUCUCGCGCAUGAGCGGUCAUCCGCCAAGAGUAGGAAAGCAGCGAGCUUCUUCGGCUUCUUACAAACUACGACCACCGCCAGAAUGGCUUCCUGAGCCUUCCUCACCUUUGCCGCCUGCCGUUCCGCCAAACUCGAUCGCUGGUAGUCCUUCCGAAGGCGCAAGCGAUGGCAUCAAAACCAAACAUCGACCUUUCACACUAACAUGCAAUCUCUGCAAGCUUCCCUUCAGACCUUCGGCACAUACGAUUCGCCCGGAUGCUGAACGUCGGGCAUACUGUGCGGAAUGCAUCCGAUCGACUGGCGACCGCAUUGUCGAAGAGCAGAAGAUCAAGCUAGUGGACGACGAUGACGAAUACAUGGUCUUCGGUUCCGAUCCACUUGACGCAGAAAUGGACGUCUUCAGCAGUCAAGGCAACGCUCCUCGAGGUGGGCUUCGACGCUUCACAACGGUCACACCGACCGCACAUCGUUACAACCUUAGAUCCUCAUCCGGCGACUCCUCAACGACAGCUGGUCCGAGACGCAAAGCACACGACCAGUAUGGCCAAGAUACGAUUGACAUGCAUGGCGACACCGUGUCCAAUCGCAUCGCUGCACCGCCACCUACGCCAGAGCAUCCAUCGCCCAUGCAGCCGGCUCUACCUGUACUCUCCGACGCUGAGCUCGCGGCGCUCCUUCAGAACGCAAUCCGAGACACACCUUCCAUGGAAGACAAGGCCAGCAAACCGGCUGCCAACACGAUCGACUCGCAACGCAACGAUGAUGCACUGUUCGGUGGCUUCACCACCACCGACGAGCUUGAUGGGCCCGGUCCAGCUAUCGUUGACGAGAUGCAGCCGCCUAUUUCGCUGUUGAGCUCGUAUACUCUGCCUCAGCAAAUUAUAGCACCUCUUCUCCUCAAUUCUGGUCAAGCGUCCGGUCAAGGCGCCCCCACCGAGCAACAAUCCCUCUCACAACCAGCUUCUGUCAGCUCCUCGAGCAGCCAUAUCCACGCACGGACAGCUCCAGUCAUAGCGUCCCUGACAGCCACGGCCGCCGCCCCAGCGGCCCCUCAGAUAACGUCACCAUCCAUAAGACAAGGCAACACUUCGCGCGUCGGCCUCGCCGCGGCGCAGGAAUUCGUCCGGCGCAAUGCUCUAGACAUUCGACGGAUUCGCGAGCGAAUGGGGCUGAUCCCGAGAAGUCCCAGCCACGGUCAGGGGCGACCUUGA